UACAUUUUCAAAGCUCUCUCCUGUACGCGAGGCAGUCACCCUGCAGACUCCGCCGCGGACACUACUCCCGCAGAAAAUGGAAGUGUGAUCUGCCAGCCGCGUCGCGCCGUGUCAUCAGCAACAGCCAGACUCCCGCUGCUCCGAUGACUACCUGCGUGUGAGGCGGCAGGUGACCCGUCGCAGGGAAGGUCGGAGAGGCCACGCUCGCCGCGGAGAUGGAGGGGUCGUCGUGGGCCUGCCUCCCCGCCUACCUGUGCCUGCUGCUGGUCCUCGUGGCCAGCGCACCGACACUCACAGAUGAAGACGACUACGAUGACUACGUGGGACUCUACCUGGAGGACGACAACGCCACGGGGUGCAUUAAUGGCUUGGCGGAGGAGGACGCGUCGUGUGUCUGUCACCCGUGCUGGGGGGGCGUGAGGUGCCAGUCGUAUGAGGACAACUACGCGCCACGCUUCCUGGUCCACGCCGCCACAGCUGUCGUGCCCGAGAAUAUUACAGGGUCAGUGUACCGGGCCUGGGCCACGGACGGGGACCUGGGCCUCACCUGUCCCGUGGGCCUGGGACACAUCACCAGGUGUCCGUGCGCGGCCGUCACCUACCAGCUGUUCGCGGCACCCGGUGACCACCGCUUCGCCCUGCACCACACCACCGGCGUACUCUCCAGGAACAUCAGCGGGGCGCCGCUCCUGCCCGGCCAGUCCUACACCUACAAACUGAUGGUGCAAAGCCUGCCCAAGCGAGGGAGGAUCCAGGACCUGCAGUACGACAUCCUUGACCUGAGAAUCUACAUCAGCCCCGACUACGUCACCAUCACGCCGUGGACAUGACCCUCGCCCGGGGGCCAGCGACAUCCGGCCCUCGACCUCCACGGCCUCCUCUGAGCGACAGGCCGCGCCCAGUGCAAACGUGACGCCGCCCUUGGGUUCGUGCGUCACCCCAAGUCUGUGUCAUCGCCGGUGCUUCUGUAGGCUGACGCUGAGGCUCCCGAGGCAUCAGGGAGCUUCUUUGUCACCCUCGGAGCACCCUUGAGCCUGGUUUCUCCUUUAUUCGUCACCCUCAAAGUUCAGCCAUUCUUUAGAUCCUCUCCUCGGAAAGUUGAAAGUCCUUUUAUAGCUCCCUACGGUUAUCCUGUCGAUUCAGUAAGCCGAGGACGUCCUUAUCCUCCUCAUCCUCCACUCCCUUCACGUCGCCGCGGCUCGUCAAGGAGAUGAGCGGCUGGUGUUCGGCGGCGCCCGAGUUCACAACAGCCGCUUGAGGGUGCGAGGAGGAGGCGGAGGCGGAGACAGGCGGCGCGUGUCGUCAAGGAAUGAAGGAACGAAGAGCAAUUCAAUCAACCAGGAUUAAGAUUUCCCUCCUCGCUACUCUCAUAAUUGUCACUCCCUCCCUCCUCCACUUUCCAGCUCACGCGCCUCCCUACUCUGAUUCUUUCCUCCGGCUGACUUUUGAAUCUCCUCCAACACUCGUUUUUCUCUCCUCUCCUCUCCUUUACGCACCCUCCCCUUCGUCGUUUUUCUGCAUCUCCUCUCGUGCAACGUUUACUGAGAUCGAUGUGGCAACCAUGUAUAUUUUUUUUCUUUUUACUGUGGAAGGAGAGUGACUGACGAGGGCGCCAGACGGUUGCCUGUUCACGUGUUUGUAAGAGUCUUCGUGUCAAUGAGUGUCUCCGUGGCCGCGAGACGUGACCUGAGUCCUGGCGAGCUAGAUCCUUUCUUUCACCCUUCCCUUCCUCCUUCCCCCUCUCCCUCUCUCCCCUCUCGCUCGCUCGCUCCCCUCCUUCUUUCGUCUUGCCUCUGGGCUCUUUUUCUUUCCCCAUUUUGCCUCACCCCGCGUCUUUUUUGUUCCUUCACUUCACCUUUUUUGUCCUCUUUCAUCCUCUUACUUCUCCAAACUUGCGCCCUGGUCCUUAUCUUCCUCUUUUAGCCUGGUUCGUCUUGCUCUUUGUCUUCACCCUCCUCCUCCUCCUAAUCAUCUUUCUUCUUCUUCUCCUCCGCCUCCGCCUUCUCCUCCUCCCGACCCAUAUCUCAUUUUCCCUAAACCUUCCCUCUCCUUUCCACAAUCUCCCUGUACCCUCUGAUCCCUUACGUGUGUGUGUGUGUGUGUGUGUGUGUGUGUGUGUGUGUGUGUGUGUGUGUGUGUGUGUGUGUGUGUGUGUGUAAAGAUCCUCUGUCUGAGGUUAAUGUUGCGUGUUAAGGUCUGCGUCAGUAUCGAGCCUUCGUGAUAAGUCUGGCGCGGGGGCUGACUGGCUGGCUAACUCGCUGACUGACUUGCUGACUGGUGUGGCUUAUGGUGGCUGGUUUUGCUUUUGGUUCCCUCACACGGAAAAUGACGAGGCGCUGCGGUUGCUUUAGUGGCGUGGCGAACCAGGGUAUGAGGAGCACGCAACGUCCGCAGCAGCAGGGGAAGAAAGCGUCUGGUUGUUUCAGGCACGUGUGUGUGUGUGUGUGUGUGUGUGUGUGUGUGUGUGUGUGUGUGUGUGUGUGUGUGUGUGUGUUGCCGCCAUUGACCCCGAAGACGCCCAGUCCGCGCCGCAGCUUGGCCCUGACUGAUAUGAGGUCGUUUAUCUGUGAAGUUUGGCUCAGGCGAGUUUGGUUGUUACGAAGUUAAGAUGACACGAGACUCUUUGAUCUUCGGAGUGGACAGUGGGAGAGAGUGAGAGUGAGAGCGUUGGUGUGUGUCGGCUAAGAGAGGCCCAGAAAGGAAGUGUUGCUGCGGGGACGACUCUUGACUUUCUCGUUCCGGCUCUGCUCGGCGCUGCUGCUUGUUAUUCAUGACUCCUCAAUCCUGAGCUGUUUAUGGCCCGCACAGGGUAUCAUUUUGGAGGUAGUUCAUUUUUCUUUUUAAGGCUGUUUCAUGUCCCGGCCAAUCCUGCUCCCAGGCUACUUCGCGUCCACGCCGCCCCCCACCAAGUGUACAAAUAGAGUUGGCGCGUGUAGGAUCCGUGCAAGCUGUGCGGUGCAGGGGAAUGGCUGGCGUGAGGCGGCCCGGGGACGAGUGGCGUCGGCGGCACACGCCUUGUUUGAGAAUUAUUGUGUUAAUUAGUGGAUGUCGCGGCGCGAACCUCGCCCUGCGAAGCGUUGUCUGCAGAUGUGAGGCGAGCACGGAAGGUCUCGCUUACGACAAGUGUGACUAAGAAACGCCGAGCGAAGUCUGUUUUAUUUUUCAAAAAGUUUGGUGCAAGUAAUUUGCAGGGAAACGAACAUGUGUCGCGAAGAAUUGGAGAAACUCAGGUCUGCAAAACGCUGCCUCAUAAAAGUGUUCCAACUUAGGUAUUUGUGUUGAGGAGAAACUUAGUCAGCCAGCCAGCCAGCCAGUCAGUCAGUCAGUCAGUCAGUCAGUCACUCUGCCAGCCAGCCAGCCAGUCAGUCAGUCAGUCAGUCAGUCAGUCAGUCAGUCACUCAGUCACUCAGCCAGCCAGCCGGCCAGCCAGCCAACCAACCAGCCAGCCGGCCAGCCGGCCAGGCAUUCAGUCCCCCAGCCAGUCUAAAAGACAAGCAAACAGACGAGCCACCACCCGGACAGACAGACCUCAGUACCUAAGCAAACAUAUCAUUAGUCACGCCAUGUCGUGAGCGGCCAGGCGGAGCGGCGCCCCCAAGCCGCCAGGAUCCGCCGCCCAAGUAACAGUGUGGAGCAGCGGGUCGUGUUGGUGUCUAUCAGGGCUGAGCUGAUUCUAGAUAACUGUCAUCCCGCACACACAUUUGUCUCUGUGUACGUCAUCCUGUGGUGGACGCAUCGACCUUUCUUCGAUACUAGGACGUAGGAAACGAAGGAUAGUAUUGAUAUUUUUAGUACAUAUCACUGACCUCUCAGGGGGCGGUCUGUUGGGCCCCCGAAGACCUGGUGAGGCGAGGACGUGUAGAGUAUUCCUGGUAACACUUUCGUCAACCCUCCCCGGCGUAGCGUGGCGGGGAGGGGCGGUGUUGUAGCGACAGCCAGUGUUGUACCCGGUGUUGUAGCGAAUAAACUUCAUAGCUCAG